CAGCCCACAUGUUCACUUAUGGCCACUCUGCUCGUCUAUGGUUCCCUUGUGUGGACAGUUAUGCUGAACCCUGCACAUGGAAGCUAGAAUUUACCGUUGACGAAAGCUUAACUGCUGUAUCAUGCGGGGAGUUAAUCGAUGUGGUUUACACCCCUGAUCAUAGAAGGAAGACGUUCCACUAUGUUGUUAAUACUCCAGCGUGCGCGCCGAAUAUCGCUUUAGCCAUUGGGCCAUUUGAAACUUAUGUAGAUCCACACAUGAAUGAAGUGACACACUACUGCCUACCUCAUUUGAUGCAGAUCUUGAAGAAUACUGUCCGAUAUCUGCAUGAGGCCUUCGAAUUCUAUGAAGAGACUUUGAGCACCAGAUAUCCAUAUCCCUGCUACAAGCAAGUCUUUGUUGAUGAGACCGAAGAUGACGUCACAGCAUACACAACUAUGUCAAUCCUAAGCACCCACUUGCUUCAUUCGAUUGCCAUCAUUGAUCAGACGUAUCAAAGCCGAAAAGCCAUGGCCCAGGCGGUGGCAGAGCAGUUCUUUGGCUGUUUCAUUACUAUGCAGAACUGGUCUGAUCUCUGGUUGGCCAAAGGUAUACCAGAUUACAUGUGUGGACUGUACUCGAAGAAGUGUUUCGGAAAUAACGAAUAUAGGUAUUGGAUUCAUCAAGAGUUGCAAGAGGUAAAUAUUCCAACAAUCAAAUUGGUUUAAUAAAACUUUUUUAAA